GGCAGCACUUGUAAAAUUUACAGAAAUUCAAUACCUACGCAAAGAUUUUGUUGUUUUUUAAUGUUGCUUCUCUUUCUCUCAAAACCUAUACGAUAAUGCCUGUAGUAGAAAUAAGUUACAUUCGUUGUAUCUAAAAUGAUAUUGUUUAGCUACAUUGUUUAGAAUUCAUUGAAAAACUCAGAAAUGUUGAAGUGUGGGCGAUUUGUGACGACGUGUGUGUUCAAUGUAUUGUGUGUGACGUUCAUCAAUAGUGAUAAUGAUAACCUACACGGUCUUUCUGUAGCAGAGUACAUAACGGGUCACCUAUGUGUUCUGGGUGCAGCCUUGCAAUCGUCGGCAUAGGCGAAGUACUUUAAUUUGAAACCCCACACGACGGUAUCGUAUUAAAUAGCAACCUCAAGUGAUCAGGUGUCAGGCAGGCAGGUUGUGAGGGUUCUGUAUGUACAUUGUGAUGUCAGUGUGGUAGUGACGGUGUAGUGGGUGGUGGUGAGGUGACGGGCGAGGUGGCGAGGUGGCGCGACUCGCAAGUGAUGCCCAUCGCGGUGAUGCAGAGGCAUGGUAGACGCGGCUGCGGAGCGCCGGGCCGCCGCCGCCGCCGCGCGCUGCGAUGCUACCUCCAGCCUCACCAAUUUUGAGUCUUAUGCAAUGAAAACGACGGUGGUUGAUAGACAGAACUCUUGUUAAAGUACAAGAAGUUAUACAGAAUAAACUAACAUGGAUUUAAAAAGGUGAAACUCACAGUGAUGAAGUGGAUAAACUCCACAAUGGAUUCAAACAUACAUUUUGUGCAGUGAAAUAAGUGUGGUCGAGGAGAUGAAGAUGGAGGGCGGUGUACUAAGUGUUUCAAGUAAUAACAGCAGAUUCAGAUCUCAUCUAAAGAAUGCAGCCAGUGCAUUGUGUGCCAGGACAUUACCGAAACAGAGGCGUGGCGAGGCAUCGGCGAUCACCAGUGCUCGUCACCACACCUAUCCACGAGCGACGCCGCCUAAACGGGCCGCUAUCUCAUGUCGCAUGGAGCCGCUUGCUUGCGCACCAUCUCAGCAUGCCACCACGUUCGACCCGCCCGAGCCCAUUCAGUGCGAAGUUGUCGACGACCACACGGCGAAUAAAGGCAACGGCUUAAUCAAAUGGAAGGGCACAUUAGCCAGGGAGGUAGCGAGUGCAUGGGAGUGCCGCGUGGGCCAGCCCGACCAGCCGGCCUCCCCCGACCGCGUGCAGAGUCUUUUCAACGACAUCGAACUAUACCCUACUAAGACUCAGGUAUUCGAAAUGCUGGUCUGCGCGCGGCAGUGUGCUCGCCGCAAGUCCCUCACUCUUACAUUCGGAGAAUUCUGCGUGUUCGCAGCUGAACUGCGUCGGUGUUCGAGGCAAGCCAGGCAGAGUUCGAACAAACCUGAGUCGCCACAAUGGAACGUAGACAAGGAGCUCAGAGAUAAGGACAUCAUUUGUAAACAUGUGAACGGCAGCGAGGCGCCACCUCCGCCAUGCGAGGUGUUCCUGGGCGGGUCCUGCAACCCUACUACUUGGAGAUCGGACAUAGCCAUUCCGAUGCUGAAGGAGAUGGGCAUUACAUAUUUCAACCCGCAAGUGGACGACUGGUCGAUGGAGCUGGUGGAAGUAGAACACCGGGCGAAAGCGGCGGCGCGCGCGCUUCUGUUCGUGCUCGACAGCGAGACGCGCGCCGUGGCUGCCAGCGUGGAGGCCGCGCACCUCGCCGCCGCGCCCCGCGACCUGCUGCUCGUGCUGCGCCCCUACUCGCGCCACCAGGCCAUCGGCACCGAGACCAUCUCUGACCACGAGUACGUGGAGCUGUCGCGUGCGCGAGCCACGCUACAAGAGGCGGUGGAGAGACGAGGGCUGCCCGCUUUCACGGACAUACCGACGGCGCUGCGGUGCGCGCGAGCCGUGCUGCGCGGCGCGCGCACUCACCCGCGCCACUCGCUCGGCCACACCAUCCUGCGCCUCAAGCGCGCCUACGACGCGGCGGGCGGGAGGAACUCACGCUUACCGCGCGCCAAAGCCGUCGACGCGCUAAAGGACGCGACCAGAGCGCCUCGUGAGGUCGCAGAGCGGUGUCUGCCGCCCACGGCCGACACCGUCGACUUCGAGACGUUCUGCGCCGCCGUCGCAGAGCUCGCCGCCGACUCAGGGCGCGCCAGUGCUUGCGCGGCGGAGGGCUCGGGCGUGGCGUGGCGCGUGCGGCGCGCCUUCCGCUCGCUGCGCGCGUACCUCUCCCCGCCCGCUGUCGAGUCUCAGGGUCGCAACGGUCAGGAGACGGAGGCGACGGGCGGGGAACUUCGCACGGAGGCGAGGGGACUUGAGCCCGCGGCACGAGACACUAACAAUGGACUUCGCCUCGUCAACCCCCGGUUAAAAGCUUACGGAAGAAAGCUUGGUUUAUUCAUUCCUAAGAAUGGCGGUCACCGCGCCUCGUUAGACAGCGCGGGCGGCGCGGCGGGCGACAGCGGCGACGCGGUGUUCACGCCGGGCACGGAGCGGCGCCUCGAGCGCCUGCCCGCCAUGCUCGGAGCUCCCACGCACGACGUCUAUCUGGGUGGCACUUUCCCGAGCAACAACACUCGUCCAGAAGAAGUUUUACGAAGGGAAGGCUUCACAUACGUAGUCCCUCGGGCGAACGACUACACGCGGAUGUUCUCAACGCCCGGGCGUCGGGCCGCCCCCGCUCACCCCGAGUCGCCGCGCCGCGACAAGAAGCCGCGCCCCGCCACGCUGGAGCCCGACGAUGUGCAGCUAAGGGACCGCGCCGCCGACGACCGCCACGACAGGAAUGAUCGCCUCAGCGCCUCCGACUUCUAUACCGUCACUGAUGACGUCACGCCGCAGCCUUUCAAAGGAACGUACGACGAGGACUUGUUACUGGGGUCGCGAGUACUGGUGUUCGCGAUGAGUGAAGACGCGCCGUGCUUCGCGGCGAUGGUACUGGCCGCCCACUACAUGGGACUACGGCCUGCGAACACCGUGUUGUUAGUACAACCCAUGGACCCACAGAAAGCCCUUAAUUAUAGCGAAGCAGCUGUGAAGGAUUACAACAGGGGCCGCCACUACCUCUCCGACUUAGCGAAACGGUCCGGUGUUCCCGUGUUCAACAAUGUCGACUCAACGAUGGCGUGUGUCGUCAGCCGGCUCCGAGCAACGCUAUAGCAUCAAUAAGUGCCAGUCCCCGGGACUCACAUACCUUAUAUCCACUGAUGUAUGGAUCAUAACUGUGUUAGACACUCGAAUAUCGAUUGCUAUCGGUAUAUCGGAAUUAUUUUAAUAAAGACAGCAGUGAUAGCUGUCUGUUAUUCACUAAAGUCCGCCGCUUCGAAUUUAUAAUAGAGUAAUUGAACACAACGGCAGUUGAAGCGAAUCUCAUGUCAAGCAUCGUCACUGUUGUGAUCGCGAUUUGAUUUCGUAUUCGUUAUUUGAUUGCGAUGCUUUGAGAAGCGGCUUAAUCACAACUCACGUAAUAAAGACAUCACAAAAAUAUAAUUCAUCAUAAAACAAUCAUAGGGUAAUUAUUUUUACUUGCGUGGCGAAGAGUCUCAUAAGAGUGUACUUAUUAAUUUCAAGACGUUUAGUUUAGUACAAAGAAUGUCUCUCUUUUAUUUCAUCACUCUCUAUUGCAUUAUCUAAUGUAAUAUAUAGAUAUUAAAAUAAAUAUAAUUCAAUGAAUGUAUGAGCGAGAAUGGAUGGUGACGGUAAUCUUGAUGAGGAUAUAACAAAUCUCUGUGAUGAAUUUGUCUAGGAAAUUUUUAUAGUACUUUCAAUGCAUAAGCAUAAAUUAGAUGAUAACUAUACAUAUUAGUAUUGUUACAAACACAGGUACAGGUAGUAGUCACAUGAUAGCGCGUGUGGUGGAAUAUUGUCUGGUGUACACAACGAGCUUUAUAAACGACAAAGAAGUCCAAUCAAGACAUCAUAGUCCGAAAAAUUGGCCUCCAUCAGUUUGCUCCUUUUAAAGUGAUUUGUAGCAUUCUUUAGUACCUUAUUUAGUUAGAAAGAGUAUUACGUAGGGACACAAGAGAGUGAGUGUUACUGAUAGGCCAUAUCUCUCUAAGUACUUGUGUAAAAUACAUGUGACGUUUUACUUUUAUCUUUACGACCUAUUUUCAUGAACGCACAGUUUUAUGUUGAUCAUGAUUUACUGGGGCUCACAUUGGUUCAAAUAGCCGAGUGAACUUCGCACAGUGGGUCUAUUAGCUAAUUUCUAAAUCUUGUUAGUACUAAUAAUAUUGCAUUGGCGAAUGCUUUUGUAGACAUCAGCACUUUACGAAAACUGAUUGAGAAAAAGUACAAAUAUCUUGCUCACGUAGCAAUUUUAAGAGGUUUUAGUAGUUAUUAUUUGAAUGAUAGCAAUGCAAAGUAAAAUUUUAUAACAUUUAACAUUGUAUACUCAUUUUUUAUUAUAAUAAAUUGUACCUUUUCUAAAAUAUCUAAUAUGCGUCAUUGUUAACGCUUGCAAGUGGAUAAUUAUGAAAUUAGGUUAUUAAAGCCACAAUUCCAUACCUAAUUUAGGUAUAAUCUAUAAUAUUGAGUAGUUUAGUGGUAAAAAUAUUUGACCCACUGUCACUAAAAUUAAAUUCGUAAUAAUAAAAUCCAGCAAAUAUUAUUUGCUAGUCACACACGCCCAUUAACAUUUUAAGUACUUUGUUAAUAUUGAUCGAUAGUACAAAUAUCUAAUUUAUAGAAAAAUAUGUCAUAUAUUAAUUGUAAUUUUAUGCCAUGUACGCUUAUUUUAAACUAAACAUCACAUAUGUAAAUAUAGAAAUUUGUAAUUA